AGACAGAGAGAGAGAGGGAGGGAGCGAGGAGGCAGCCAGGUUGGUCUGUGCUGCCGGAGGAGGAGGAGGAGAGGGAAGGAGCGCCCGACCCCCGCCGCUCGCUUUGGCUGCGGCUGCUGCUUCCUGGGGGGACUGUCCCCUCUCCAUGCGGCGCCUCCAUUGCGGAAGCGCUUGGGCUCCAGGGACGCGGCAGGAGGAGGAGGAAGAGGAGGAGGAGGCUGAGGCUGCUGCCGAGCCGUCGCCCUGCGCCCUUGCCUCCCCGCCGCCCGCCGCCGCCGCCGGCCCCGCGAGCUGGAUGCGGGCUCUCCCGGCCGCCGCCGCCCCGGGGCUGGUGGUGCCGGAGGGGGCGCCGGGGGCCCGGGCCACGCCGCCGCCGCCUCCCCCUCCGCCUCCUCCGCCCGCGGGACUAUGCUGACUCGGGUCAAGUCCGCCGUGGCCAAUUUCAUGGGAGGCAUCAUGGCUGGCGGGUCGGAGCACGGCGGAGGCGGCGGCUGCGGAGGAGCGGGCUCGGACCUGCCCCUGCGCUUCCCCUACGGCCGCGCCGACUUCCUGGGCCUCUCGCCCGAUGAGGUGGAGUGCUCCGCCGACCACAUCGCCCGGCCCAUCCUCAUCCUCAACAAGGAGAGCCAGCGCCUGCCCUGGACCACGGGAUACGCCGAGGUGAUCAAUGCGGGCAAAAGUACACACAAUGAAGACCAGGCCAGUUGUGAAGUACUUACUGUAAAGAAGAAAGCAGGAGGAAGUAAUUCCACACCAAACAAAAACUCCUCUUCCAAACGAAGAUCUUCAUUGCCAAAUGGCGAAGGCUUACAGCUGAAAGAGAACUCAGAAUCAGAUGGCAUCUCCUUCCAUUACUGGUCACUAUUUGAUGGUCAUGCCGGUUCUGGGGCAGCCGUUGUCGCUUCAAAGCUACUUCAGCAUCACAUUGUGGAGCAGCUACAGGAGAUUGUAGACAUCCUGAGAAACUCUGCUGUGCCUCCCCCAACCUGCCUGGGGGAGGAGCCGGAAAACAUGAAUGCCAACAGCCGAACUUUGACUAGGGCAGCCUCCUUACGGGGAAGCGCUGGAGCCCCGGGCUCACCUGGCACUCCACCAACCCGCUUCUUUACCGAGAAGAAGAUCUCUCAGGAGUGCCUUGUUAUUGGGGCAAUUGAGACAGCAUUUAAGGAAAUGGAUUUGCAGAUAGAGCAAGAAAGGACUGUGUACAAUAUAUCUGGUGGUUGUACGGCUCUUGUUAUUGUGUAUUUACUAGGAAAGCUCUAUGUGGCAAACGCUGGAGACAGCAGGGCCAUAAUAGUCAGAAAUGGAGAAGUCAUUCCGAUGUCAUCAGAGUUCACUCCAGAAACAGAGCGACAGCGUCUUCAGUAUCUGGCAUAUAUGCAGCCCCAUUUGCUGGGAAAUGAGUUUACACACUUGGAGUUUCCAAGGAGGGUUCAGCGUAAGGAAGUUGGAAAAAGAAUGCUUUACAGAGACUUCAACAUGACUGGCUGGGCAUACAAAACCAUUGAAGAGGAUGACCUGAAGUUUCCUCUUAUAUAUGGUGAAGGCAAGAAGGCUCGUGUCAUGGCAACAAUUGGGGUGACGAGAGGACUUGGUGAUCACGACCUGAAGGUGCAUGACUCAAACAUCUACAUCAAACCUUUUUUGUCUUCAGCUCCAGAGGUGCGAGUGUAUGAUCUUCUCCAAUAUGAACAUGGCCCAGAUGAUGUGCUAAUCUUAGCUACUGAUGGACUCUGGGAUGUACUAUUAAAUGAAGAAGUGGCAGAAGCGGUGACUACCUUCCUGCCCAAUUGUGACCCUGAGGACCCCCAUAGGUACACAUUAGCAGCUCAGGAUUUGGUCAUGCGAGCCAGAGGUGUGUUGAAGGACAGAGGUUGGAGAAUAUCCAACGAUAGACUGGGUUCAGGAGAUGACAUUUCUGUCUACGUCAUUCCUUUAAUACAUGGAAACAAACUCUUGUAAAACCAGCACCAAUACUAGUAAUAGGGAACAUUUGCUUUUUAGUAACAAUUGGUGGAAGAGACAGGCUAUCAAGAAAUGAGACUAUUGUGUUUCUAACAUAUAUAUUCUGUACUGAGUUUGGUUAUUUCUACUUGAAAUGUAGGGCUGAAUUGUACAUGAUUUAAAGGCAUCUCUUAGAAGCUUCCCUAUAUUUGUUUUUGGUGCAUAAGAGGAUCAUAAAUUUAUGCUGCUAGAGUAUUAGUAAUUUCUUGUUAAUGUCCCUCCUGGUGAGGACCAAUUGUGAUCUGAUAGAAUUUAUCUUUUGCAGUUUGAUGUAGCCAGAAAUGUCACUGGAGAUAUGAAUUCGGAAUAUCAUAGUUUAAAAUAGUAAGGCAGCCCUUAUUCCCCCGAGUCUCGGUUUCAGCUGAUUUACUUUUAAAUGACUUAAAUUUCUAAGAUAUUAAGGUGAAUGAAGCCUGAUAACAUUUAGUUAUUGUUUCUUCAAAAACUCGCAGUGGAGAAAUUCCAAAAGCUUUUAUUUAUAUACAUGAGUUCUACAUUUUUUGCUGUUUUACACUGUCAUGAAAAUCUUAGUACAUCACUGGUCCUUUGAUGUGUUUAUGCAGCAAAGCCCACUUUUCCCCUGGACUUGGUCCAGCACAUGUUAGUAAAGGUGCCUGAGAGAACAGAAAGAUUGAUUGGGAAAUGUAUUCUUGUGUUAUUUUUGUCAAAAUUGGUAUAUGUAUGCAACUAUAAUGUAGCAGACUGGGAGGAUUCUUAUUUGCAAAGAUGACUGCAAAUCAAAAAGUUCAUUUAGCACCAGUUAUUUCUCAUUCAUUGAAUGCUUCUGUCUCCUGAAGUUACAUCCUGUUUUUAUUCAAGUACUGUUUUGCUUGUUGUAUGUGGCAGAUUUUUGUCUUCUUAUUAACAAUUUAAUAUUAAUGUUUCCUCCAGAAGAACAGCUUUUCUCUUUUUCCUAUCAAAUGCUUCCAACAUUAAUUCCUUUUACUGAUUCUGUGAGGUUAUAUUGAUAGGUAGCAAUAUUUCUCAUUUCAAACUCAGAUGGGGAAGAAAAGGGAUGUUGGUAAAAGACAAGAAUCCUCAGCAUCUUGCUUUUCAGUACCUAUGCUUUCCAUACAUUAAUGCAGAGUCAGAAUAGAUUGCUGUAAACAUUCCAGUAAAAAACAUGAUCAAGUAAGAACUAUAUAUGUACAUGGCUACAAAUCACCUCUUCUAGGCUGGGUUUUAUGAGGAUAAUUUAAGCCAUCAUUUCAUUGGUUACCAAUGACUAGCAGUUGGGUGACUCAUUUUUUCCUUGCAAACCAGAAGCUAUGAAAAUAUAUCCCUGCUUAUUGUUUUUUGAAAAUCAUGUUGGAUAGCUGGGAAGAAAUGAACUUUCAGAAACAGUAGACAAGUGAUUAAUGAUCUCAGAAGUGUUAAAUUCUUCCCAAACGAGAAGCUGUCAGUAGACAAGAGAAUGUCAAUAUAUGUUCUUGUAAGUGUCCUAUGUUUCUACAUUUCAUCUCAUUACAAUAGAAUUAGCUUGAAAAUAAACACUCCCAAUGCCUGUGUACUAUUAUUAGUCUCAACUAGAGCAGGUUAAUUCAAUCAGUAGACAUUACUUGUCUGUUGAGUCAUGAUCCAACCAUUGAUUCUAUGGAUUUGCUCAAAUUGGGAUUGACUAAUAGGAUUAAGGUACUAUUUUUUUUUUACUAGAAUAUGCAUUUACUCCAUUAAACUUCACAAACCAUCUUUGCAUCAAAUAACAAAGGUAUCUUAAGAUAUUUUUCAAGAAGUGAUUAUCACAGUAAUUAAAAUUUCAAUCUAAAAUUGAACCAGUCAGAAGACCUUAGCCUGUAAUAUGAUGUAUUGUAAAUUUGGGUGCAAUAAUGUGCUUUUGUAGCAAGAACUCCUAAAAUCUACAUUUCUGUAACAGGCAAUAUUUCAUCAUUCAGGCUUUUUUUGCAAAUCACUACUUCUGACAUUGAUUUCUAAUUUGAAACAGUACUUCCUUUCUACUAUAGGCUGAAAUGUACUUCUUACCUUUCUCCCUGCUUCCCUAGUAAUCUGGCAUGGAUGUGGUAAUACACAUAUUUGUUUUUCAUUUUAUGCCAAAUCCUAACCCAAGUUUUAGUCUCAUUUCAUUAGUGUCUUAUGAAGUCUCUUUUCAUUAGUCUCAUUUGGUCUCAUUUCAUUAAUUCUUAUGAAGUAACUUAUACCCUUAAGGAUUAUAUUAGUGUCAGUUUGUAAUACAAUCUGAACCUUAAGAUACUACUGAUUUUGUUCAUUCUGUUUAGUAACCACAGGAUUAUGCAAGUAUUUUUUUGUGUAUUGGCCACUUGUAGUGCCAGAACAGUAAAAAGAAAAAUCUCUUUGAGUUGUCGAAGGCUUUCAUUGCCGGGAUCACAGGGUUGUUGUAUGUCUUUCGGGCUGUGUGGCCAUGUUCCAGAAGCAUUCUCUCCUGACGUUUCGUCCACAUCUAUGGCAGGCAUCCUCAGAGGUUGUGAGGAUGCCUGCCAUAGAUGUGGGCGAAACGUCAGGAGAGAAUGCUUCUGGAACAUGGCCACACAGCCCGAAAGACAUACAACAACCCAAAAAUCUCUUUGUUAGUUCACUACAACAUUGGUAUCAGCCAGUAGAGGAGGAUUUUUGCCAGCACAGAAGCACUGUAGAUUAAAGUGUCAAUGUUUUCUACCAUGAUGACAUACCACAUUUAAUUACAAUUCUGCAAAAUGAGUGGAAAUCAAUAUGCCUGAAAAUGACCAAUACCAGGAAUUAAACACAUUUGGCAUCAAAACAUCACAUGGGUAGAAAGUUCCUUUUUAUUAUCAGUAAUCACAAAGGCAAUAUCUGAAGCAUUAAAUGAAACAGUGUGCUGUGUGAUUCUAUAUUGUUUCAUCCAGAUUAAGGGACAAAAUUGCAAAUGCUAUGUAAUUUGCAUAAUGUGCAAUGGAAGAUAAUAUAUCCCAAAAGGUUAUAUUGUAAGAUGUAGCUGUAGAAUGCUGGAAUUUUUUUAAAAGUGUGCUGAUAUUCAGGAAUAGUAUUUAACCUAUUUUAAAAAGCAAUACACCUAGGGGUUCUUGUUUUUAUGUCUCCAAAUUACUAGACCAGAUCACGUUAUUCCUUUCAGUGGCGUUGUCUAAGUAAUACUGCAAUGACUGAAGAGCACUUUUGGAUGAGUGCCAAACCCUACUCAGGAUUCCUAAAGAAAAUGUAGACAUUUGUGUUUCCUGCAUACUAAAUGACUUCAUCCCCCUUCCUUGAAUGAAUUAAAACUAUAACAGUCAGAAUUUACUUUAGUCUCUCUCUUACAAGAUGCAGUUAGCCAUCAUUUUUACUCAGUUGGAGUCCCUUUGUUCUAAAUACACCUCUAUAUAAAAUGUUUCAAAUCUUGUUUGAAAGUGAUGCAGUUGAAACUGCAUUUUCUAGAUGAAUGAAUUUUAUAAGAGCCUAUGACUAGGAUUUAAAGAAGCCCCCUUGAAAAUUUCACCCCAAAUUUGGGGUUGUCAUCCUAUGAAAUGAAUUAGCUAUAUUAAUGUCCUGCCUCACUACCUGUAGCAUGUGCUUUGAGUAGCUUUGGGGAGUUGGAUAUCAGGCCUAGUACUGUAUUAAUAAACUAUGACAUGAAAUAUUUACAAAGCCUAGCAGACGCUAUGCAAUUUUACUUCCAGUUUUUAUUUUUGGAAAAGGUAAGUUCCACAGGAUGGCAAAAUUCAGGUCAAUUUCAUAACAAAUCUUUGUUACUGACUGCCAUGUGUGUAGUAAUACUUAUUGUCUUUGAGUACGUCUGAGGACAAAUUAACAUUUUGUAAGAUGCUCUGAGAUCUUUUGUGGCUGAAGAGCAGGGUAAAAAUUCUCUAAAUAAGAUGAUGACGAUGACGACGAUUAUACAUGCCGGCACUGUUGAUAAUUGACUCUUGAAAUAACCAAUCUAAAAGAGAUCUGGGAAAAACUCAUUUUUAGUGUCUGCCUCUUACGUGUUUUUGGAAGUGUUUAAGCAAACAUUAACUAGAUGCAGAGGAAAUACAUUUAUGCUAUAUGGAGUAUUCAAACAUCUGAUCAGUGAUGGAAUUUCAGAUUGUAAAAGUCUGUGAUAACACUGAUCAAAUCAAUGAAAAACUACAAAAAAGGAAUGAUUGUUUUUCUUCUAUCCCUGAUUUUUAAAUAAUCAAACCCACAAACAGUGAUAAACUUCCAUCUCCUAUUUUUAUUCCAUAGACAGGCAGCUCACUUUAUAGGAAAUUCCCCUAUAGCCCAACAUUUUCUUUGCCAAGUUCAUCUGUUUUAGAAUGACAUUCAACCUCUUUCUAACCCUGAUAAUGAUAACAUUAUUUUAAAAAAAUUUAAAACCCAGUAAAGCGCCCCCUUUCAAUACUUACAAAACCCCUAGGGAAAAUGCAUCAAUUAGAAAUAUGAAACUACACUCACAAAGGUUUUGAAAUAAUUCAUCUUAUUCAAUAAGAAACUUUUCAGUGGUUUUCUGACCAUUUCUUUAAAUUGCUCAGAAAUUGUGUCCUAUAUAUUACAGCUUGAAGUAACAUAUCCGUGUCAGUCCCAUAUUUAAGCUUUGAUUCUUGUCUUUAUGAAUUAUACACUACAACCCUCCUAAUCCCAUCUCAGUUCUCUUGACCAGUUCUCUUGUAGUUUGCUUAUGUUGGGAGCUAUAUAGAUUGCACUAUCUCAUCCCCACAUCUCCCCUGCUCUCAUCAGUUUGCUUUCCUGUUGUGUGAAGAUGAUACGCUGGAAAUGAUGUAGAUAGUGGCCAAAUACCUCUUCAAUAAUUCUGCCAAAUUCUACCUAUAUUAUACUUGAAGGAGGCUUUUUCCCUGUCAACCUCCACUUUGUUUUAUCGUUCCAUUGUGUUCCAUUUUAAUUCAGCAGCUGCCAUUUCCUUCAUCCCUUUAUUGGCACAGUGACUGUACUGAAGGAAUGUACCAUUUUCUAGGCUCAGCAUUCCACACAAUAAAAAAAGAAUCUGUUGGAUUUAAAGGGGGGGAAAGAGAGGAUUGGAUCAAUGUAUUUAAGCGUUGUGACUGUGAAAUGUCAAACUUUUUGUAACCUGAGAACAAAAAUGUUUAGUAAAGGGAUAUAUUUUAUGUGUUUUGAAACUUUUCAGUGCGAUGUAAUAAAGAAAGGGAGCUGGAAAAUGUAUGCACAAUAAAGUUUUAAAAUUAAAUUGUAAAAAAUAAACAUAAAAACUUA